AGAGGAGGAGGAGUGAAGAGAAACUUCAGACAUGUCUGACGUUUGGUGACGGUAAUGCCUCGUGGACAACGUCUCUGCUGCCGUCGUCCGUACUCAGGAGAAUCAUGACUCCCUGGUUCCUCGUGGUUCUGUCGGCUGCUCUGUCCGUCUCCGUCGUGGUUCUGACGCUCGCCUGCGUGAACUGCUGGAGACGACGCCCACUGGUGUCCAUCAGACAGACCCACGCCUCAGAGGACUACACGCCAUCCACUGAGUUCCAUGUCAGAGUCAACCACCCAAUGCAGCCGAGCAGCGACCUGAGCUCCAUCCGCUCGGCUCCUCACCUGCUGUCCCCCCCCAGAGUCCUCUCAUCUUCAGAUGGAACUCAGCGUCACCGAUCCUUCACUCCAACAGACACUGGAAGUAACCCCAGUUAUGAGAAUCCAGAAGACGGACCUGAUUAUGUGAACCCUGAUCCAAACCUUCCUGACAGUGAUGUAGAAGAUCCAGGCUACAUCAUCGUGAUCCCCGGCUGUGACGCGCUCGCUUCGUCCAAUCAGAGCCGAGCCUCGACGCCCAGUUCAGACGUUCGACACGAUUACGUGAACCUCGGAGAAGAAGAACAAGAACAAGAAGAGGAACCAGACCAAGAUUACCUGAAUGUGGAUCCUCAGCUCUCUCAGAAAGCAGCAGCAGAGUCGUCGGGUCUCAGCAACAGCGACACCGACACCGACACCGACGAUGAAGGAAACUACGUCAACCAGCCUCCGAUGAUCCAUUCACCUCAGAGCCUGAUGGGACGCAGACUGACGGACAGAAACCAGUGAUCACAGACCAGUGACCACAGACCAGUGACCACAGACCAGUGAUCACAGACCAGUGACCACAGACCAGUGACCACAGACCAGUGAUCACAGACCAGUGAUCACAGACCAGUGAUCACAGACCAGUGAUCACAGUGAGAUUCGUCAACACCACGUUUCCUCGAUGAUGUUUAAACCACUGACAACAGAACCUGUGGAUGAAACUAGUUUUCGGACUCACUCACUGAACUCCUCUCCAGUUUAAAUGUCUAAGAUUUUCCUUAAAGUUCCAGUAAAAGUUUCCUUCAAAUCAAAACAGCUGCACAAAGUAAGUUUCCUCCGAAGCUUUCUCUUUAGAAUUUAAAUUUUGAUAUUCAAUCACUUAAAAGUCAAUUAAACGUUAGUAAAUGAAGACUGACAAUAUGAGUCGCCCCCUGGUGGCUGGCUGUAUUAGAGUUCAUGAACCCCUCUUCCUCCAUGUUAGCAGAUGGGAUUUGGACCAAAGUAAAAGUCGAUGUUUUUUGUUUGUUAGUGUUAUUUGAUAUAAACAUUUUUAUAUUUCUUUAAAGAUUUCAACAUUUCUUCCUUUUCUUCUAUUCAUCUUUUAGUUUGUUGCCGUCAAUGUCUGUUUCUCCUCCACUAAGGGAAACUUCUGUACCAGUUCCACCAGUGAAGAAGAGUUUUCUUUCUUUUACCGGAGGUUUAGAGGAACUGACGUGUUUCACUGACUUUACUGACAAAUCCUGAGAAUGUCUUAAUAUACAAUGAUUUUUCAUACGUGUAUUUAUGUUGUAAACAUGUUUUCCGUGGAUAUGGAAUUCAACUGUGACAUACAAAUGUAACUACAAGUCAAUUAAACCUUAAACCAAACUUUAAAAUCGAUUAGAAUCCAUUUCUCUGAU